ACAAAGCCCGCCCUUUCAACGAGAUCCAGUUUAACUGGAGGAAAACUUCCUUAAAGUGAAAGCAGGACUAACCACAUUCAACUCAGCAACACUACAGCUGCAUUUAACUGGGAUCUGAGAAAGAGAAGCGAUGGGUCUCUUUAAUAAUAUCAAGUUCUUUGUGCUGUGCCAUGGAAUGCUUCAACUUGCGCAACUGCUGGUGUCUGGAUAUCUGAAAGGCUCCAUAUCCACAAUCGAGAGAAGAUAUGGCCUGUCCAGUCAGAAAUCUGGAGUGCUGGCCUCUUUUAACGAGGUUGGAAACACGGUCCUUAUCGUGUUCGUGAGCUUUUUCGGAAGCCGAGUACACAGACCCAGGUGUAUCGGGAUCGGAGCGAUCCUCGCAAGCAUGGCGGCGUUUCUGAUAGCGUUGCCACACUUUUUCAGUGAGAAAUAUAAGUACACGGAUGACGUAAUCUCAGCUAACACCGAGAACGUUACUGGGCUUUGCCAAGCAGCGAGCAGUCACCAGGCAGCAUCCUCUAACCAGACGUGUUCAGAAGUCCAUAGUGACGCCAACAAUGCCGUGUUUCCUAUCCUGCUGUUGGGUCAGUUGCUGCUGGGUAUUGGUUCAGUUCCUAUCCAACCUUUUGGGAUUUCCUACAUCGAUGACUACGCGGAUAAAAAGAAUUCGCCGUUCUAUCUCGGAAUUUUAUUCGCGUUAACCGUCAUCGGACCGGCGCUGGGUUACUUGUUGGGGUCGCUCCUGCUCCGAUUUUAUGUUGAUUUCAACACAAUGUCUCCUGGGGAAUUCAAAUUGGAAAGAACGGAUCCACGUUGGGUCGGAGCUUGGUGGCUGGGUUUCCUUCUAGCCGGCACAUUGCUCUUCCUUACAUCUCUGCCGUACCUAUUUUUUCCGAGAAGCAUGAUAACAGAGGAAUCCGCUGCAGCCACAACAGAGUGUGAAGCAGAAAAGAUAAAAGAGAAGAAGGAAGUUGGAUCAGACUCGACACAUGAACUCUCACUUCUCCAGUUCCUCAAAAAAUUCCCACACAUCAUGCUGAGAACCCUGAGGAACCCUAUUUACCUUCUGGUGGUGUUGGCUCAGGUGAAUCUAGCAGCUAUGGUCGCUGGCCUGGCUACCUUCAUGCCUAAAUACAUCGAGAGACAAUUCUCUCAAACGGCGGCCUUCUCCAACAUGAUGAUCGGUGGAUUGAGUAUCCCGUCAGCCAUGUUGGGCAUCAUGGCCGGAGGUAUGAUCCUGCGCCGGCUCAAUCUGUCCGUUAAAGCUUCGGCGAUCCUGUGCAGCGGCGCCGUGCUGUUAGCGAUGUUCUUCGCCCUGCCGCUUCUCUUCCUCGGCUGUCCGACGCAGAACGUUGCCGGCGUAAACUAUGGCACCGCUGCAAGCUACCGGAAUUGCAGUUUGUCUUGUUCGUGUUCUGACGAGGCAUUUAACCCUGUGUGUGGCUCCGAUGGCGUGGAGUUCCUCUCUCCUUGCCACGCUGGCUGCAAAACAAGGAACGAGACAUCGCUGAACUACACAGACUGCGCUUGCGUGGGUCCGGAAGGUUCUCAGGGUCACGCCUUACCACGCAGUUGUGGGAACGGCUGCUCCCACCUCCUCAUCCCUUUCAUGGUUUUCUCCUCGCUCACAUGCUUCCUAGCCUCUGUCUCUCAGACGCCGUCGUUUAUGAUGAUUCUCAGGACCGUGACUCCAGAAGACAAAUCCUUCGCCCUGGGAAUCCAGUUCAUGCUCUUCAGAGUUCUGGCGUUUCUCCCCGCACCUGUUCUGUAUGGAAGUGCCAUUGAUACCACCUGUAUUCAGUGGGGCAGAAAGUGCAACAGAAACACUUCCUGUCGUUACUACAACAUGGAUUAUUUCAAACAACGAUAUCUUGGACUUCAGACCAUUUUCGUGUUUGGAGGUCUGGUCUUUUUCUUUCUCUCCUUUUUGGUUCUGAAGAGGACGGAGUCUAUCGGGCGAAAGCAAUCGGAAAAGAUGAAGAGAGUCGCCGCAAGUGAGAAGCAGGACACGAAAGACUCAAAACCGCUAAUGAUGUGCAACGAUGCGUAAAAUGACAAACUGGUGUGAGGGCAGAGAUCUUGGCAAAGGAAAAACCCGAGACAUCCUGAGGGGAAAAAACAUAAAUAAAAGACUGCUGUAAAUAGGCAUCAUCUGUGAGUCAUAAAUCACACCGAUAUUAUAAUCUUUUCCAUCAAAAGUUAAUCAAACAGCGCCGCCGCCGCCGCCGCCGCCGUCGAAGGAGCGGCCGCGUGUGCGAACACGCUAAAUACGCCAAUAAACUGUGAAGCCGAUGUAGCGUUUCCUUCGUCUGAGCCUUUAGCCGAGCCUGUGAGUACAAGCGUACAUGCCACGUUUUCCUAAUAUGAAGAUAGCGUAAAGAUGGAUCAGGCAUAUCGUGAGUGUUGCGAUCUCGAUCGAGUCGGUUAAACUUCGAGAAAUGAAGUUAUGAUCGGUCGGAGUUUGUUACUGGUGAAUUAUUGAUAAAAAAUACAGAGGGCA